AUGUAUGAGUCUAGGUCUUAUAUUUAUUUCUCCUAUUCGUCAAUCAUCACCAUCACCUCCGAUUUCAACAAGGGUAAGGAAUUCCAUGACGAUGUCAGAGCAGACGAUGUACUGUGUGUGGGAUCAAGAAGAGAAGGGAGUGGAGAGGAGAGAAACUCGGUUGUCUUUCUUCAACUCCUUUUAGUGUUUCAAAAAGUCACCCACACUCGCGCACGCACAGGUUUCUUCUUGAGGAAAAUUUCGAAACUACAUACAUACUCAAGUAACGCCAUGCCUGCCAUGACGAAGAAGACUGAACCUGGUGAUAUCAGGCAAUUGUUUGAACGAUUGAUGAAGGAGAUUGGAGAACCUGUUGAAUUUGAACUUCCUGAUUGGUUGAAUAAAUGGAAGCCUAACUACAGCAUCAUAAAGCGCAAUAUAUAUCUAACAAAGAAGGUUAAGAAACGAAUAAGAGAGGAAGAUGAUGGAAUAUUCUGCUCUUGCACCUCAACACCAGGUUCUUCUGCAGCUUGUGGUAGAGAUUGCCACUGUGGGAUGCUAUUAUCAAGCUGUUCCUCUAACUGUAAAUGUGAUAAUUCAUGCCUCAAUAAACCAUUCCACAGACGCCCUAUGAAGAAAAUGAAGAUAGUGCAGACUGAAAAAUGUGGGUCAGGGGUUGUUGCUGAGGAAAACAUCAUGCGAGGAGAGUUUAUUAUUGAAUAUGUGGGAGAAGUUAUUGAUGACAAAACGUGUGAGGAAAGGCUAUGGAGAAUGAAGAGACAAGGAGAAACAAAUUUUUAUUUGUGUGAGAUUAAUCGUGACAUGGUGAUUGAUGCUACAUUCAAAGGAAACCAAUCAAGAUAUAUAAAUCAUAGUUGUUCUCCAAAUACCGAAAUGCAAAAAUGGCGGAUUGAUGGUGAAACAAGAAUCGGGAUUUUUGCAACUCGGGAUAUAAAGGAGGGGGAGCAUUUGACCUAUGAUUAUCAGUUUGUGCAGUUUGGUGCAGACCAAGACUGUCAUUGUGGUGCAAAAGGGUGCAGACAGAAGCUUGGAGUCAAACCAAAUAAGUCAAAGUUUCCUUCUUCAGAUACUGCUUUAAAGAUGGUUGCAUGUCAGGUGGCUAUAAAUUCUCCAAAAGUAAAAGCACUUCUUUCUGGGAAAGAUGCUUACAAGAAUGGUGUUCGACAACCAGCAUAUUCGAGACAUGUCAUUGAUGAAACAAGAAUACCUCAUAAUUGCAUAGGGGAAGUUCUCAGAAUAGUGCGCCCUGCUUCAACGAGUUCAUUUGGUAUGAUCAAACGGUUUGACAUCAGUACAAGAAAACACCUGAUCAUGUUUGAAGAUGGUGUGACUGAGCUUCUUGAUUUGGAGCAAGUUGAUUGGGAGCUUUGUAACUUAGUAAGCUUUUUACAGGGGUAAAACAGUACAAAGUGGUAACCCAAACCCUCGAUGAGUUUUUUUUUUUUUUUUUUUUGGGUGCAAAUUUUAUUUUAAGGGGUGUUGUUGAAUGCAAAAUCCUUGGGUUCUAUAUGUUGUUUGUUGUUUGUCAGCGAUGUUUUGAGCUCUUGAACACGUUUUAAUUCUUUGUAAAUUUGCUUGAUAAUAUUGUUUUUGGUUAGCCUAACCUUGUCAUUUAAUGAAAGUUUUAUGAUUUGUUAAUCGAGUUAUA